GAGGAAAGGAAAAUAUACCCAUUUCCUUUUCUGUCACUACAAUUCCAUGAAUCUUCUCUGGUUCACGACUUGCCCAUAAGUUUGGGGAGAAAAAGACUUGUUCCUUUCUUUGUGGGUUUUGGGUGAUUGAUUCUAUUGAUGGUACUUACUUAGCUGCUCUGUUUACCUUGAAGCGAGUAUGGUGGCAUUCGGGAAGAAGCUGAAACAAGCUCAAGUUCAGGAAUGGCAGGGGUAUUACAUAAACUACAAGCUGCUGAAGAAGCGAGUGAAGAGAUACAGCCAAGCCCAACAAUCUGGAACCCAGGACACUCAACCUCAAUCCGUUGUUCUCAAGGACUUCUCCAGAUUGCUCGACUCCCAGAUUGAGAAAAUUGUACUCUUCAUUCUCGAACAACAAGGUGAAUUGGCAGCCAAGCUAGCCAGUCUUGGAGACCAUCAACACCACUGCCUCACACAACAACAGCAGCAGCAACUCUCUUGAUCAUCAAAUUGGCUAGACGUCUCUGAGCUCAAGGAAUCCUACAGAGCAGUCGGAGACAGUGGCGUAGCCAGGAUUUCAUUCAAGGUGGGUCCGACGUGAAAAUAAAAAUAUAUAUGAUAAAUAUAAUUAAUAUUUACAUGACCCACGAUGUGUUUUUAUAGUUUGUCGACCGAUUUUCGUUUGAGGAUGGAGAAAUUUACCCUAAAUUGUAAAUUAAAAAACUAAGAAUAAACCAUUAGAGAUGUAGUUUUAUGUAAAAAUCUAGAGUUAAUUACAUAAUAUGUAAGGUUAAUAUGUGCUAUAAAGUUCUCUACAAUAUGUUAGUAGAAAAGUAGUGAACAUGAGGGGUUUGAUUUUAACAUUAGGGGUUUCGUACAAAUACUGUUAUUUUGUGUCUUAGGGGUCGUUUUAAAGUUGCGAUUGUUUACGUGAGAUUGUUACUUGUAUUGUGAGAUUGGAUUUCGUAUAAAUACAUAUAUUUAACAAUCGCAACUUCCAAACAAGCAACUUCCAAGCUAGCUCCGCCACUGGUCGGAGAGGAGCUCUUGAGGCUCCUCUGUUUCGUUGAGAUGAACGCUAUUGGUUUGCGCAAGAUCCUCAAGAAAUUCGACAAACGAUUCGGGUCCAGCUUCACUGAUUACUACGUCAAGACUCGCUCCAACCAUCCUUAUUCCCAGCUUCAAUCAGUUUUCAAACAAGCGAAAGAACUCAACAUUAUCUUCAAGACCACGAAGAGAGCUACACAUCGAUAUACGAUCAGCCAGCGCUGUCACAUCCGGUUUUUCUCUCUUAGUUUCGCCCAUCUAUUCUUUGAGUCUUGUUGUUCGAUUUACCUGUCUGUCAUAUAGUUUGUUUCCUAACAACUUACCGGUUUCGGGGUCUACUGUUUGUUUUUGGCUAGGACCCAGUUAUUGAUUUCAUCAAAGCAGCUGUGAGCAGGUUAUCAAACUCCACAAGCUUUCUGGAGUUCUUAGGGAAGCAUGCAUUCAUUGUACAGGACCAGGACGACCUGGGAGCGGCUCCAAGUGAUGUAAAUGGAGACCUAUUUGUUGAGGAAAGAUAUCACUUCAUGUCGCUUCUACUCAACUUGGUCAACACAUUUCUGUACAUGGUCAACACAUACAUCAUUGUCCCAACGGCGGAUGGAUACUCCCUCACCUUGGGAGCUGCAGCAACUGUUUGUGGUGUGAUCAUUGGUUCAAUGGCGAUCGCACAGAUAUUCUCGUCAGUCUACUUCAGUGCAUGGUCGAAUCGAUCAUAUUUCAGACCGCUUUUAUUCAGUAGCAUUGUGCUUCUUGUUGGGAACACCUUGUAUGCACUGGCUUAUGAUCUCAAUUCCUUAUCUGUCCUUCUGCUUGGUCGACUGUUUUGCGGGUUAGGUUCAGCAAGAGCGGUUAACAGGCGCUACAUCAGCGAUUGUGUGCCUCUCAAGUUCAGGAUGCAAGCUUCAGCAGGUUUUGUGAGUGCCAGUGCUCUUGGAAUGGCUUGUGGCCCAGCUAUGGCUUGUUUAUUUCAGACUAAUUUCAAAUUCUGUAAUCUUCUAACUUUCAACGAAGCAACUUUGCCUGGCUGGGUCAUGGCCUUUUUAUGGCUUCUCUACCUGUCAUGGCUCUGGUUUUCAUUUAGAGAGCCUCCUCCGUACACCAAAUUGCUUGUGGUUCCGAAAUUAAAUGCUGUGAGUACGAUGAUAGGACCAUUGGUGAAUGAUGCUAUAGAGCAUGGUUCGACGAAGCCAUUACUGUUGGCAUCAGAAGCCAAUUACGAGGAUGAAGAAGGAGAUCGUGAAGAGGUGGAGGAUGAUGGUGAAGAAGAUUCAGAAGGGAGUAGGAGUGUUGAACCUGUCACCUCAAUUGCAUCAGCAUAUCAAUUGCUUACCCCAUCUGUGAAGGUCCAACUGUUUAUUUACUUCAUGCUGAAAUAUGCAAUGGAGAUUUUGCUAGCAGAAUCAAGCCUGGUCACUGGAUACUACUUCAUUUGGUCCACUCGAAACGUCGCUAUAUUCCUAGCUUGUCUUGGACUAACAGUCAUACCUGUAAAUGUUGUUGUUGGGAACUACAUAAGCAACAUCUUUGAAGAGAGGCAAGUCCUACUGGCAUCUGAGAUCAUGGUCUGCAUAGGCAUACUCUUGAGCUUCAACAUCCUCGUCCCUUACUCCGCUUCUCAGUACGUUGGUUCAGCACUCAUCACAUUUGUAUUUGCAGAAGUCCUAGAAGGUGUUAACUUGUCGCUCUUGUCAAGGGUAAUGUCGUCGAGGCUUUCAAAAGGGACCUUCAACAGUGGAUUGCUUUCGACGGAAGCAGGAACCAUUGCCCGUGUGAUUGCAGAUGGAACCAUAACAUUGUCUGGUUACCUAGGGGAGCAGAUGCUACUCAACAUUACCCUUGUUCCUUCGUUGUGCAUUUGUGUUUCUGCCAUUGUUGCCACCUGCUUCACUUACAAUUCUCUCUACUAACUUCCUUAUAGGCUGUAGCUUUGCUCCCUCUGUAACGGUGAUGUGGUUUCUAGUAUGAGUUGAAUAAGGAAAGGC